AUGGAAGACAAUUCAAGUGUUGGUGAGCCAAUAUCAAUUUACUCCACAUCUAUCUCUACCCCAUACCCCUUGGGCCUAUAUAAGAAAAUUCAAACCCCAAACGCACACAAAAAAGGUUUCAAUUCUCUACCAAAACUAAAUAACAGUCAGCAAUUCGAUAUCUACAGACUUUUCUGUCUGCAUGCAAAUUUAAAUAACAUCAUCGCUAAGAUCCCUACCACACUUUUACGAAUCAGCAACACAAACCUCUGCUAUUUAGUGCAGAACAACAAAUAUGGGGCGAUUAUCACCCGCCUGUGCACUGAUGAUGAUUUCUUUGCUGAAAUCCCUGAUAAAAAUGACAACGAAAAUCCAGUGUGCUGCUACAAAAUUCUUGGAAAACCCACACAAUUCUUAUACACAAAAGAAAGCGCGGUUUCUCUAUGAAAUUCAUCGACAGAAACAUCAGACAAAAUGCAAAUUUUUGUUCAGCCGAGAAGUAAGCCAUCUUCGCUCACCAGAGCUUAUUGGAGAUUUGGAGGCAGAACCAAAUUUUACUUAAUUGCAAAUAAAACUAGGCCUCUUUUAACUCCCCCCCUCCGUGAGUGAACAAAACCAUUAGAAAAAUCCCUAUUUUUUGCCCAAAAACCCACCGUCCGUAAGUGAACAAAAAUUUUUUUAAUAGAAAAAAUUUUAAUGGAAAAAAUUUUGAUAUAUCAAUGAUAAUUAGUAUAAUGAAAUCUAGAGCUAAUUCUAUUUAAUUUUAAACGAAUUGCUUUAUAAAACAUAAAUUCUAUAAAUUAAAUUAAUAUUUCUUUCCAAUUUUUGCGAAUUAGGAUUUUUUUAAAUUACGAAAAAAAAUAUUUUUUAUAAAAUUUAUAUAUAAAUUUUUUUUUUAAAAAAAAAAAAAUUAACCCCCCUCUGUGAGUGAACAAAAUUUUUUUGUUCACUCACGGAGGGGGGGGAGUAAGGAGAAGAACAGCGAUCCCAACCGAUUACACAAAACGAAGCAUGACUCUGACACCAAAAAACAUUAGGAGUAAUAUGAACUUGCCACUUUUUAAAAUAAUUAACAGAAAUACAAACGAAUGCAUGACGCCAGCAACUGAAAGGCCAAUGAUUGAUCAUUGCCCUUCAUUGAGCAGUUUUCGAAAUUUUGGGAAUUUUACUGAAAGGUUUUCUGGGGAGGACCAAUUUCCAGACCAAAAUACAAAUCCUAUUGUAAAUACGAGGGCAUCAGAUGGAAUUAUGGUGAUUGAAGAUACGGUAAAAGUGCCUGAAAUUGAAAAUAUGGUUGACAAAAUAGUAUCGUUUUUGAGGAAACAAGUUUAUAAAGAAGAAGAGCUCAGGGGAGACAUGAAAAAAUACAAUAUGGUGGUAUUUUAAUGGCAAAUCGUCAUUGAUAAAAAUGACUGUAAAUUUCAGAGUUUUGAAAAAAGUGGGAAAACCCUUAUGGAUUUUUUUGGAAUGAAAAUACCAAGCAGUAAAAUAAAAAUAUAUAUAUAGAACUUGCCCGAGGAUGGCGCAAUUUUGCGCCAUCCUCGGGCAAUUCCUAUAUCUAGCAAUUGGAUUGACAAAUAAUAAUGACAAAUUAGCUAAAUAAGAGAAUUGUCUCAGCAUAUUUUAAGAAAUAUUUCAAAGAAUUUGCAGGUCUUCAAGCUUAUAACAAUUGAUAAAUCCUAGAUUGCUUUAAAGGAAGAAAUAGUCUUAACAGUAUUUAUUGACGAAGCCUACAAAGUGAUAAUUUAAAGAUUAUAUUAUGGGAAGCCAGGAGCGAUAAUGGCUGGGAAAUGCUUGAGCUGGUUUUUUCGUGAUUUUUUACUUAAUUUCUAUGAUUUAAUUAUUAUAUAAUUGCAAUCUGUUUUUACAUAUUUUUGCAUUUUUCUUCAGGCGUAUGAUAUUUAAAUGACUUGUGUAAUCUGCUACCUUCAUUAGGUUUGAAUGCUCUAUUUUAAUCAUUUAUAUUGCACAUUAACAUUUUAAGUUUGCUUUUUACUGCAAUUUGAAGAAAAAAUCAGCAACAACAAAAAAAUUGCCCACGCAAAAUAUAGCUUAUGCAUCAAAUUCUGGACGUUUAACUGGUUUUAGCAAAGAGGAAAUCAUUUAAUCUGCUUCUAUUUUACUUUUGUUCCAUUCCAUUCUAUUCAACUUUGAUAUCAUAAUUCUUAUAACCAUUGGCAUUUUCAUGCUGGCUCAUUAGUGAGAUUUUACUGUUUGAUAUUUUCAUGCAUUUUUUUUCUCAAAAAAUCCAUUAGUGAAAUUUACAGUCAUUUUUAUAGGCACGAAAAUAUCAAGAAAAUACCACCAUAUGGUAUUUUCUCCCAGGGCUCAGAGAAAUUACUUUUGAUUUUAUUUUGUCAAAGGAAAAAAAAUGAACAUUUCUAGACUGUGUAGAAAUUUCGUUGAAAAACCAUGAAAUUAAAUUGGAAAUAGGAGAAAUAAACUUAGGAGAGCCAUCACAAGUAAAACGAGCGAUUUCUUUUAUGGAAACUAAGCCCGAAGUCAAUAUACACGUGCUUAAAGCUUUAAGCACAGAGAGAGGCGCUGAGUUGAAUAGCGUUGAAGAGUUUGUGUGCCCAUUUUCUAAUCUAUCUUCUCAGAGGUCAUCAAAGGCGCAUCAUCCCCCUCAGAUCUCUCAAUCAUCAAGCCACAUCAGUACAAAGCAUGUAAAAAUAGUCGCAAAAGAUGACCCAGUGUUAAGUUUAAAACCUUCUAUAGCUUAGGAGCGCAUUUAGCGUACUCUCCAAAUUUGCUAAAAUGAAACUGAGCCUGUUGACUCUCAGGCUCAGUUAUGAUAAUUUAAGUUCUUUUUACAAAACCCUUCAUUAAACCUUUAUUUGCCAGAUCCAGAUUAGCAGAGUUAGAGGGUCUAAGAAUUCAGUAACUGUUCUAUGGCAUUCAAAAUUAAUCCCGAGCUGUAACUUGGCAAGAAUCAAAAACCUGAAAAAGCAAAGCAUAAAAGCUUAUCAAAACAGGUCAUUAACCAAAAAAUUAACAAUUAUGGACCAAAUUCAUCAAGAUAACCAAGCAAAGAAGGUAAAAAUUGAAGAGACAGAAGAGAAAAACGACUUUUAUAAUACUUCAAAGUCGCUAUGAGACAAUAAAUAUGACGUCCAUAUCAAAAAAUGUUUUACUGAUGCGAUUAGAAAAAUUGACGAAAUGAAUAUGAACACAGAAUUGUUAAAAGUUAGAAGCAGAAAUCUAGUGGAGGCAUACGGGGGCGAUGAGUUUUGGAAUAAAUUUAUUAUUUCCUUAUACAAGAGAAUUUUGUCAAGCGAUGAUCUAAAGCAGCAUUUUUUAGACUCAAAUAUGAAAAUGAUUUUUAAAGGGAUGUUCAAGGUUUUUAAUGGAUGUGCAACGUUUGAGUUUAGGAGAAAAAUAAAAGUAGCCCAUGAAAGGUUGGGAAUACCUGAGGAAGACUUCAAUCUGUAUUCACAAAUGUUUGAAGAUACCCUUAACGAGUUCAAUAUAAGUGAUGUCGAUAAGCAAGUUAUAAUGGCACAAAUUCGAUCGAUGAAAUGCCUGAUUUGUAAACCAAUCAUGCCAUAA